AAAUGAUUUCACAAACCUCAAAAGUGAGAUCUGGUCGACUUCCCGAGUCAAGUUUCAUUUGCAACUGCACUUGACUGACUUGUUCGUUGUAACCUAUUCUACUUCCGAACACCUAGGCAGGUAUCGGCGGUGAAGAAAGUUUGCAUCGUCGACAAGUGACUUAUCUACGAGACUCUAGGAUAUCAGGACCACCUGUGACAGAAAUAUCUCCGCCGCCACCACCCAAGAAAGCUUGAUCGAUUGCUUGAUCAACCGAUCGAUCAAUCAAUCAAUCAGCCAGCCAACCAACCAACCAUGCCUGCAAAAAACCGUGUCAUCAUCGACACGGACCCCGGGUGCGACGAUGUCCUGGCCAUGUUGCUCGCCUUUGCCACAAAGGCCGAGGAUCUCGAGGUGCUCCUCGUGUCGGUGACGCACGGCAACGUGGACGUGAGGAGUUGCCUCCGCAACGUCGUGGCCAUCUUCCACGUGCUGGAAAAGGAGCUGGAGUGGAGAAAGGAGCAGGGCAUGCCCCUCGGGUUCGAAGGCAUCACCAAGCACAAGCCCAUCGUCGCCAUCGGCGCCGACGCACCGCUCCAGGAGACGACCGAGUCCGCGGACUACUUCCACGGCGUCGACGGCCUGGCCGGGGUGCACGACAGCCACCCCCACUUCUCGCCGGUGGAGGACUGGAGGAACCUGUUUGAACGGCCGCCGCCCGACGACGACCUGACCAGGCAGGCCAGGUCGACGGCGGAGGUCGACGUCGACGGCCCGGCCAAGUCGUUCACCCCGAGCCCGUCGCCGGCGCACAAGGAGAUCCUGAGGCUCCUGCGGGAGAACGAGCCGGGCACGGUCACGCUCGUCGGCGUGGGGCCCCUGACCAACUUUGCGCUCGCGGCCGCCGAGGACCCGGAGACGUUCCUCCGGUGCAGGGAGGUCGUGGCCAUGGGCGGCACGGUCGACGGCAUCGGCAACGUCACGCCCGUGGCCGAGUUCAACGUGUACGCCGACCCGUUCGCCGCCGCCCGCGUCUACGCCCUGACCUCCCCCCGGCCGAGCUCGACCAUGCCGGUCCCCAUCGAGGGCGAGCCGUCGCAGCACCUGGCCCCGUACCCGGCGGGGCUGCCGGGACAGCUCAGGCUCGUCCUCAUGAGCCUGGACAUCACCGAGUCCCACACGCUCAGCCGGAGGGACUUCAACGCCCGGGCGGCGGGUCCCGCCGGGCGGGGGAGCCCCCUGGCCCAGUGGAUGACGGCCUUCAUGACCCCGAUGCUGGACAAGAUGGAGCGGCUCCACACGGGCCACGAGGGGGACGGGGCGGCGCUGGCCCUCCACGACCCCCUGUGCGUGUGGUACGUGCUCACCCGCGACGACCCCCGGUGGCGGGCCAGUCCGCGCAGCCCCGAGGACAUCCGGGUCGAGACGGCGGCCCAGUGGUCGAGGGGCAUGACGGUGGGGGACAAGCGGCCCAGGAAACGGAGGGACAGCGACGGCGAGGCCCCCCACGACCGGGGGAACUGGCUGGGGAACAAGUCCGGCAACAGGAUCUACCGGAUGAUGGAAAGUCCGGGGAGGGACCUCGCGGCCAAGUAUUUGCUCGAUACUGUAUUCGGGCCAGAGACUUGAGAGGGGGCUGACUUUGCAAAGGUCGGGUCUACUCGAGGGAAUCAUGAGCGGAAGGAAGGUCGGGAUGUUGUUUGACAAGAAUGACCCCUCUCAUCUUGCAUUUGGGACGGAAUGGGCUCUGUUUUUUUCCCCGUCGUAGCCUGAACCGGUCAUGAAAUUUGUAUGUGACAUGCAUCAUGUAUGAGACGAGUUGAUCCUACUUUCAACAUUCAAACCCGAAAGGAGAUGAGAUAUUCAACUAUGGGGAAGAAGAAGAAAAAAAAGAGGUGAUGUUAUGCAGUCGUGAUGACAUUCAC